GUCAGACUGCAAACCCAGCCUAAGCCACAGCCUGGUCAGCCUCCGCUCUAUUCUGGGACCUUUGACUGCUUCAGAAAGACUCUUGUUGGAGAGGGAGUCCGAGGCUUAUAUAGAGGAAUGGCAGCUCCUAUUAUUGGAGUGACACCCAUGUUUGCUGUGUGCUUCUUUGGAUUUGGCUUGGGAAAAAGACUCCAACAGAGAAAACCUGAUGACAUUUUGACAUAUCCUCAGCUGUUUGCUGCUGGCAUGUUGUCGGGAGUGUUCACCACAGUAAUCAUGGCUCCAGGAGAGAGAAUCAAGUGCCUUUUACAGAUCCAGGCAGCUACAGGUGAAACUAAAUACAGUGGCUCUUUGGACUGUGCAAAACAGCUGUACCGUGAGGCUGGGAUUCGUGGCGUGUACAAGGGGACAGUGCUUACCCUCAUGAGAGACGUCCCAGCCAGCGGAAUGUACUUCAUGACGUACGAAUGGCUGAAGAACAUUCUGACCCCUGAGGGCCACAGUGUGAGUGACCUCAGUGCGCCUAGGAUCCUCUUUGCUGGCGGCCUGGCGGGGAUCUUCAACUGGGCAGUUGCCAUUCCGCCAGACGUGCUGAAAUCCCGUUUCCAGACUGCUCCUCCAGGAAAAUAUCCAAAUGGAUUUAGAGAUGUGCUGAGAGAACUUAUCAGAGAGGAAGGAAUUGCAUCUCUGUAUAAGGGCUUCACAGCUGUAAUGAUCAGGGCAUUUCCCGCUAAUGCGGCAUGUUUUCUUGGUUUUGAAGUUGCUAUGAAGUUUCUUAACUGGAUUGCACCAGGUCUAUGAAGACUAGGAAGUCUUUGGAAAUUAGAGAGGAGAAGGAAGAGAGUGCAAGUCUGCCUCAAAGGAAUAAAUGAAUGAUCACUUGAAGUUUCAGGAAUGAUUGCUUGCCUAAUACCUUUUUGCCUUCCUCACAUUCUUUAGGUGGUGCUAUGUGCUGUUCAGAAAUACAAGCUGUAGCUCUGAAGCAGAGUUGAUGAGGAGUUAGAGGUGAUACGCCUGUCUUCUGAGCCAAUGUACCACAGCAGUAAUGCUGCUAACAGACAGCUGUCACUAUUACACACACUACCUUAGGUACUUCCUCAUGGAAGAAAGCGACACUUCUUAAAAUGUAAUUCUUUAUUUACUGAAGAAACAUGUAGCUAUUAAUGCUGAAAAACUUCCUUAAAAUAAUUGUUUGGCAGUGUGUACUUAACUCUCAGGGCAUGAGUUAGCAGCUGUACAUACUAGUAUCUACAAGCAAUGUCAGAUAGCAUUCUCAUCUCUUGUAGUUUUUUAGUUGUGGCUAUUUCUAUGUUGACAGUGGUUUUAAUCUUACAUGCAUGUAAGAUUAAAUGUAGAACUGAGCAGGGGAGGCCAGAGCUGCGUUUCAGUGGGUUGAGGGGUA